AUGGCAACGUAUGGUGACGAGCCAGUCGACAGCUAUUUCUAUUCAUCUUACAACCCGUACAUGGGAAGAUACCCCCGGAGUAAAGACGCGGGGUGGAAGUAUAAAAGUUACCUGUCUCACUAUGGAGACUCCUCAGAGGCUUUCAACAACCAGCAGCGCGCGCAGCUCAAGUCCAUCUUAUCCCAAAUUAACCCCAAACUCAUCCCCAGACUCCGGAAGGCCAACACCAGGGAUGUGGCGGUGCAGGUGAACCCGAAAAAAGACGCCUCGGUGCAGUGCUCCAUCGGCCCACGGACUCUCCUCGCCAUGAAGCGGGACUCUCUGCGCCGCUGGCGGCCGAAGGAGCCCACGACGCCCGGCAGCCCCGGCGGUGUGAGGUACCCCCGCACCCUCGCGGUGUACUCGCCCAUCGCCUACAGGAGCGUCACCUCGUUCCUAGUUGAUGAAAAUAACAACGAUGUAGGGGCUUCCUGCGGGGAGUCAGAGACCGGGGAGCGGCCUGGUGAUCCGCCAGACAACACCGGGAAGAAGAGCGUAGAGAGCCGGGCAACCGAGGAAGGAAAGACCGAGACUGUUCCAGAACAGCGCAAAAAGUCAAAUACCAACAAACAGACGAAGAGUGAAAAUGUACAGCAAGCUACAACCACAGAGGGGUCAAAGGGCAAGACACGCGUGCGCUUUCAGGUGAGUUUGAUCAUGCGUAAGAGUAGAAAACUAGAAUAUUUACCCAAGUCAAAGUAGCCUACAGCUACUGUUAGUGUAAUUUUACUCAAGUUGGAGUGAAAAACCUGUACUCAGGUAGCUAACCGAUGAAUGAACUUUUGUCAGAAUUUCAUAAAUUGGAGUCCAAUGUAGACCUCAGGGUGUUGAUGUGAAGAGAGAGAUGACCCUGGGGUGUAUAACACAUAUUUUUCCAAGGUAGUUGUGGAAAUAUAACCAACCAGUUAUGGAUUUACCAUUACAUGUAGUUGCAAACUUUACUAACAGUAUCAUGCUUAUGGAAGCUUUUUUACAUUACUCUAUGCAGAUGGUUCCUCCACAAGUUUUGGGUGGCUGUUUUUUGAGGAAGUGUACAUUCAGUUAAGAAAAGCCUCUUGUGUUUUUCUAAAUAAGACUUAUCCCAGAAUAACUAACUUUAUAUUAUGGAUUUUUACCUAAUUUUUCAUAAUCAACGUGAAUUAUCUUAGAAUUACAAGAGCCUUUCCGUUGUUAAAAAUCUACAUUGUUUAUCUGAUAAUAAUCUCUGGAUUAAGAAAAAAAACUAAAGUAAAUUAAAUGUUAUCCAAGCAGGACUUUCAUUGUCCCAGGGGUGAGAUAUAUGAAUAUGUUGGCAAAGUGUUUCUAGCUGUAUUGAACUGCCCAUCAAAUGGUAAGUCAGUCUCACUGAUUGAAUUUUUUGUUUGUUUGGUCUUGCAGUAGACACAACUUUGUAAAGGGUUACAUGUUAUCAGUCUGAGUUUAAAAGGCCACUCAAAGUACCAGUGACCUGCACAAAAAAGCCCCUCAGUACAGCAUAAUUAAAUUAUUCUGAGAAAAUGUUUUAGUGGUUUUUAGCUGGUUAUGAAACAGACUGAAACUGGCUGCUGAGGCCUCUUUAUGACCUUUUUUUUAAACCAAACCAGACCAUGAGCGGCAACACUGAACAAUUUUUAUUUCUGUCUUUAAUGUCAAAGUGAACCACACAUGAAUAAUUUGGCAGCAGAAAUGAUCUUGUCCUGUUCAUGUGUGAGACCUCAUAUUAGCCAAGACAUCAGACCUUAGCUUGUCAUCAUGUCCACAGAUAAGCCAGGUUUGUGUGUGUGUCCCAGAGUUAGCCAUAUUGCUAGCCCUAGCUAACAUUUUGUUGAGUUUUUUUGUCAACUAUUAGAAUAAGAAGUUUUAUAAGUUGCCUGCAGAGAUGAUAACACACCUGAGGAGAGAUACUGAAUUUACUUGGAUAGUCCGGAUUUAGGUGAUUAAUACAUUUGAUGUGCUUUAAAGUAAUAUCCAGAAAGUGUAAUGUACCCUGAUGUCAAAAUAGCUCCCUUUUGCACAUGUAUAAAUGUAUACAGAGAAAAUAAAUAACUGUGCCACCAGGACAUAGACCAGCAUCUUGUUUUUUAAAUCUUGAUGAGGACCUUUUUUUAAGCCAAAUGAACCCCAGACCAAAUGAACUUGCAUGUAUUUGAUUAUCUGCUAUUAUGAAGGAAUAUGAGACUAAUGAGGCUUUGAUUUCCUCAUUGUUCAUCAGUUUCUGGAACAGAAGUACGGAUACUACCACUGCAGAGCGUGCAACCUGCGAUGGGAGAGUGCCUAUGUGUGGUGUGUUCAGGGCACCAACAAGGUGAGCAUUUUAACUUUAAUGUUCAGAAAUGAUGCAACCAUAAAAUGUAGUCUGACAAGAACUGCUGUAAAACUGAGGUCAUCUCUGUGAAGUGUGUUAUGGGAUUUGCACUUGGCUGACACAACAUUAUGAACACCUUAAUGCAAACCAAUGCAACCACUCGACCACAAAUUUCUACUUUCAAAAAGUUUUUGAGUUGUAUUAGAUUGUCCAAAUGUUCUUGAUGUUAUGUCUGGUAGCGGGUGUUUUGUUGCUUAAUUAGGUGACUCUAAUUGAAGGAUGUGUGUCGCAGGUUUACUUCAAACAGUACUGCAGGAAAUGUCAAAAGGAAUUCAACCCAUACCGCGUUGAGGACAUCACCUGUCAUGUAAGCCCUUGCACUGUUCUGUUUCAAACUAUCCCAUCUGUCGUGACUCAAACGAGCUUCUGUUUCUCCCACCUCAGACCUGCAACAAAGCUCGCUGCUGCUGUGCAAUAACACAACGCCAUGUUGACCCCAAACGGCCCCACAGACAGGACUUGUGCGGCAGGUGCAAAGGCAAGCGGCUCUCCUGUGACAGCACUUUCAGCUUCAAAUACAUAAUCUAA